CAAGGUCACAACAAUGGGCGGCUCGCAGUGCAUGAAGACGAAGGCCAUCGUGCUGUCGCUCGUCUGCUCGACCACGCUCUGGUUCUGCCUCGACCUCGCCGUGCCGCAGUCCGGCUUCACGAGCGGCGGCAAGGGCCGGCUCGUCUGGUCCGACGAGUUUGAUGACGACGCCAUCGACCGCAGCGCCUGGAACGUCAUCACGAGCAUCAACGGCGGCGGCAACGGCGAGUUCCAGGAGUACACGGACGACGGCGCGACCGUGACCGUGCAAAACGGCCGCCUCGCCAUCACGCCGACGCUGACGACCUUGCCGCGGAAGUUCCUCUACAACGGGACCUACGACCUCGGCGACUGCAGCGACACCUGGCCCGGCGCCUGCAAGCGCACGGGCACGGCGAACUUCCCGCUGCCCGGCGUGCGCUCGGGCAAGGUGACGACGCAGGGCAAGUUCGCCUUCACCUACGGCGUCCUCGAGGCGCGGCUCCGGCCGCCGCGCGGCGACUGGCUCUGGCCCGCGUUCUGGCUGCUGCCCGACGACCAGAAAUACGGCAUCUGGCCCCGGUCCGGAGAGAUCGACCUCAUGGAGGGCCGCGGCAACGGCGUCGACUGGGAGAUGCUCGGCGGCGAUCCGAACCGGCGCCGGCUCGAGGAGGACCCGGCGAAUUGGGUCUACUCGACCUACGGCGUCAACAGCUUCACGUCGACGGUGCACUGCGCGGGUCCGGGCUUCAAGGACGACUUCGACAUGGUCAAACGGACGCGCCCGCCGGCGUCCCUCGCGGACGACGACGGGUUCCUCGUCUUCGGCCUCCGGUGGUCGGAGGGCCGCGUCCGCACGUACUACGUCGACUCCGCGACGGGCGAGGAGCACACGGUCGUCGACUGGCGGGGCCACGACCGGCGCCCGAACUGCAGAGGCGCCUACGACGACGCGAAGACGCCGCUGGCGCGCUACGGC